AUGAAUUAUUCAAGAGAUCUUCCCCCUAGAAGUAGUAUUAAGAAGACUCUAAUGCAAGUCUAUUCCCCGAAGAUGCAGAUUAGUGAUGCAAAAAUUAAGAAACUUAGCGGCAGCCAUUAAGCCUCAAAAGCAGACAUUAAUCCCAAAAGUAUACCUAGGAAAUUACCAUCUCUAGAAAAUCACAUUAAAAUUUAGCAACAACAGCAAAAGGCAAUAAAGAAGGCUACUCCUCUAGACAUCUCUCAUUCCAAUUAUUAAAAAAGGGUAAAUAUUAGGAAAAAUGUAAACAGAUCUGUGAGACUAUCUAAGCUGCCUCCUAAAGAUCUUUCAUUUUGUUUAAAGGGUGAAGAAUUGAAUAUUACAAAUGUAUUACCGAAUUUAUCAACUCUCUAACACAAGGACUAUGUCGAGAAUAAGAGCAGACUUCAAUCUAGGUCUGCAAGACCAAGUAUUGCAAUUAAGCCCUAGCAACCUCAAUCAAUAAUGAAAGAUUUUUAAAAUGAUUAAGGAAUUCCUUAAGACGCUAUUGAUAUUUGCGAUAUGGCUAAUGAUGACAUAUUAAUAGUUGAGCCAGAUAUGAUGCAUGAAACUUUUAUAGAUGCCAGAAGAUCCUAACUAUCAAUAAUUACUGAAGAUAAUAUCAAUGAGAAUUUAAUGACUACACAGAGAUAAACAAACUUCAAUAGAAUGUAUUAGAAUUAACACAGUGACAUGCUGAAAUAAAACAGCAAAGAACUUGUAGAUAUUUAGAGAAAUUUGCAGUUGUAUGACAUUUAAAUUGACUUGAAAAACCAUUUAGAGUGCCAAAUAGGAGGAGAUGAUAUCACAAUCAUUGAUAAAACUUAGACUAUAGAAACUAACGAAACAUCUAUGAUAGAAGCUGCUUCAAGGCUAAUUAAUGAUGUGCAAGAAGUCAAAAUAUCAUAAAAGUCUAGAGCAAAUAGAAAGCUGUCAAAGCCAACUACAAGAAACAAUGAGCAAUAAAGAUAACAUAAAACUGAGAAGCCUUCAAGUGCUCGUUCGAAGAGAGACUUAUCAGCUCCUACAUUGCCCAAAUCUUAAUAAGGUAGUAGAUAAAACUAAUCUUUCAGCUUGAAUAAUACAAAUCACAAGGAUUAUGAAGUUUAAGUGCUUGUGGGUUAAGGAGCAUUCGGAUCUGUUCAAAGAGCUAUUCAUAGAACAAGCAGGUCUGUUGUUGCAAUUAAGUCCUAUGAAAAGAAUAAAUUAAUGAGUGACUAGUAUAGAAGAGAUUCCCUAAAAAAGGAGAUAGAAAUCCUUAAAAAACUUGACCAUCCUAACAUUAUCAAACUAUAUGAUAGCAUAGAUACAGGUAUCAAAGUAAAUUUAAUAAUGGAGUAUGUUCAGGGUAGGAGUUUAUAUUCCUUCCUAAGGAAAAAAGGUGGAGUUAUGUUAAGAAUAGAUGAGAAGUAAGCAAAACUUAUUUUUAAAUAAGUAGCAGGAGCUGUAGCAUAUUUACAUGAGGAGAAAAUAGUACAUAGAGAUCUAAAACUUGAAAAUAUUCUGAUAGAUGACCAAAAUAGAAUUAAGAUCAUAGACUUUGGAUUCAGUGUUAGAUCUGAUAAGAAACUUUAGUUUACAUGUGGGACUCCACAUUAUAUGGCCCCAGAAUUAGCAAUGAAAAAAGAUCAUUAUGGAUAACCAACAGAUAUUUGGGCGAUGGGGGUGAUGCUAUUUAUAAUGUUAACAGGUAGACUUCCUUUUUAUGGAGAUUUUGAGGAUGAUUUGUACAGAAGAAUUUCCACAGGAAAAUUCAAGUUUCCAAAUGAUUGCAAGUUAUCAUCACAAGCUUCUAAUUUAAUUAAGAAAAUGCUUAAAGUAGAACCCUCUAAAAGAAUCAAAGCAGAAAAAAUUUUGGAUGAUCCAUGGCUAGAUGAUGCUGAAGAUGUAAUAAUUAAAUAAUGA